AUGGCGGUCAAGGAACACCAGAGCGAAUCGGAGCAGAAGAUCCUGCAGCUGGAGAACAGUCUAAGCAAGAGCCAGUAUGAACUCAAACAGUGCUCCAGGAAGAUUGGUGAGUUAGAUGACAGGUGUGGUGAGCACCAAGAGACACUCAAGGAGAGAGCCUUACAGGUGCAGCAGCUGGAGCAAGUAGUGAGCAGACAGAAGAGUGAGAUCAACCACAAGGCCAUGGAGAUCACCCAGCUACAAAAGAGGAUAGAAGACCUGAGCCAUCAAUGCAGCAGCCACCAUGAGGAAGAGCUGGCCCAGGGUCAGCAGCUACGACUGACCAGAGAACAGAUGCAACGACACCAUGUAGAGCUGACUGAGGCUAGACGACAACUGGCGCAGGUCCAGAGAGAAAAGGACCAGUUGGCCAGAGACUACGAAGAUGCUGUCGACCUGUGCCAUGGCAAGGAUGAGGACCAUGCCCGUCUUGCCGAGGAGCACGGGGCCGUCAUGGCGCGGGAGGCCGAGACGGAGACAAGAUUCGGGGCGGAGCUGGAACGCAUCCGGGACCUGCAGCUACGGGAGAUGGAGGUGAAAGAACAAGAGCUGGCACAGUUGCAGGACAGCCACGCAGCGUUGCUGGCUUCUAAGAACCAACUGGAGGCCAGCCACCGAUUAGAGAUCAACAGACUCAAGGAAGCAGAGACAAGGAGCAGACAGGAUGUAGAGUCACUCAGGGAGAAGGUGACGGGUCUGGAGAAUGAGCUGGCUGCCAGGAAGGAGGUCAUCCAGGCAGCCAAUGAGGCAAUCGUCAUCAAGGAAGCAGAAGUUGCCCGCUUGAAUGCCCGCAUAUCAGGCUACGAGAGGGCCACUUUCGGCACCCAAUUUACAACUCACCAACCUCCCAACCGUCCCUCCUCCACCCCUGGCAGGGGUAACAUUCCCUACCUCAUCCCUCCCCUUAUGUCCCCCGCGUCCCCGCAUUUCCAAUCUCCAAGGACCGUCCUGCGUCGGAGCGCCUCAGACCACAACCUCCCGUCAGCUGGGAGUGGCGACGUCCCCGGUACCCUUCACAACGGUCUCCAGGACACGCAUUUGCAUACAGGUUCCCCGCACCAUGGUAAACACUCAAGACACCUGACGGACACUGGUUACCAGUCGCGGGGGCCGUACAUCAGUCAGGACUUCCAUGAACCUGUAACGACCCACAGAUACGAUCCACAGGAUGCCCACUCACGCAGCAGGUUCACAAACGAGCCGGCAACCCUAGGCCAUUUCUCGGACACCGACAGCGUGGAGGAUGCCGAAAACUUUGAAACCUUACAAGGGAUGCUUGCAUUUGUGAACCGCCACAUCGCCGGUCACCAACAGCAAAAUCCUGCUACCCAUAGUGACUCCCUCAACGUAAAUAACUCCAACUUCUCUGGUCUCACAGACCACGGGCAGUCCUCAGUCACCGACACAACUCAAGAGGACUCUGAAUUGGCGUUGGAUCUCUCGGAGUUUCAGCAGGACGACAGAAGGCAAAGCUGGGAGAGUCCAAGGAAGGGUAGGGAAGGGGCCAGGACUUCCCUGGGUGACAGAGAAAGAGGAGUUUCUCCAUCACCCAAGUCGCCAGACAGAGGGAGGGCUCAGGGUCACAAGCCAAGGAUCAUGAAAUCUCCUGGUCAGUCAGAUGGUUCAUCUCCAAAAGUCCUACCUCUCAAGAAGCGUCUAGCUGCUCAACGGGCCAAGCUGGUUACAAACAAGACAACGACGGAGGCACCUCUCAAGCCGGAAGACUGCAUGGCGGAUCUGCAGGACAGACUGCGAGCCAACGAUGAGAGGCGUCGCCGCAUUGACGACCAGCUGUACAACAUGAGGGACCACGCCCGCAAGAUCACCAACCGCAUCCUGGGAAAAGACGAAUCCGAGGACAGGUAGAUAGAAGGGCUCCCUCUAGCAGGGAAAGAUCAUCACCAAGCAAGAUCACUGACUGCCAGCUUGGGAAAGAAAGAGAAACUGGAGAAAAGAUGAAGGAAAAAUAGACCAAUCACGUCAUUAGGAUCGGUAUUGUGCGUGCGAAGGGCGCCCUCUAGCAGUGACUGAUAGCCAACAAGCAAGAUCACCAACUGCAUCUUUGGAAAGAGUGGACGAAUAUAGGAUGAGGAAAACAAUGUAAGAACAAAGGCCUGAUUAGGCUUGGUUUUAGGGCGCCCUCUACCAGUGUCAUUUGAUGGGGAGUUGUCGGCACCAUUUUCCAUCCUGGUACUUUCCCACUAGGUGCAUUUUUCUUUUGUUCCGGACAAUGGCUGAAACCCACGGAAUAGUCUUGUAUACAUCAAGUGGAAACUUGAUUAUUGGAAAUGCAUUUGGCUUUUAUAUGAUACACCAGCCCAGGCAUUCGUAAGGCAUCUGUGAAAUGAAAGUGUCCGCAAUUGGCUCUCAGCCAAAAUACAUCGAUCUAUUAGGCUCCGCCCACUGCACAUGUAGGCAACAACACGUGUGCCUCUCCAAUGCAACACUGCAUGUUCCAGCGGUGCUGAAUAGAAAUGCAGGUGGCUUUACUAUGAUCCAUCAGCCCAGGCAUUCGUAAGGCAUCGGUGAAAUGAAGGUGUCUGCAAUUGGUUCCUAGCCACAAUACAUCAAUCCGUUAGGCUCCGCCCACUGCACAUGUAGGCAACAAUUAACACGUGUGCCUCUCCAAUGCAACACUGCAUGUUCCAGCGGUGCUGAAUAGAAAUGCAGGUGGCUUUACUAUGAUCCAUCAGCCCAGGCAUUCAAAAGGCAUCAGUGAAAUGAAGGUGUCUGCAAUUGGUUCCUAGCCACAAUACAUCAAUCCGUUAGGCUCCGCCCACUGCACAUGUAGGCAACAAUUAACACGUGUGCCUCUCCAAUGCAACACUGCAUGUUCCAGCGGUGCUGAAUAGAAAUGCAGGUGGCUUUACUAUGAUCCAUCAGCCCAGGCAUUCGUUAGGCAUCGGUGAAAUGAAGGUGUCUGCAAUUGGUUCCUAGCCACAAUAGAUCAAUCCAUAUGGCUCCGCCCACUGCACGUGUACCUCUCCAAUGCCAUGCUGCAUGUUUCAGCCGUACGCGUAAUAUGCAAGUGCGCGCAUGUCAGACAUAAAUAACGGCUCUGAUUGUUCAGAACAUCAUCGGGUGGGGCUAAACAGUCACACACAGUCCAAAUUUCCAUCCACUUCCCCUGCUAUACUUUUAACACAGGCUGGUCACCAGCAGUCAGAUCAUGUGUCAAGCAAGCAAUGUGACUAGUCAAACUCAGUCAACAGACUAUAAAAACACAGAG